AUGGAGACGGAAGGUUAUGAUGUCACCACCGACCGGGGGGGCAGGGGCGCCCGCUGCAAAAUCGUGGUGGUGGGGGACGCAGAGUGCGGCAAGACGGCGCUGCUGCAGGUGUUCGCCAAGGACGCCUACCCCGGGAGUUAUGUCCCCACCGUGUUUGAGAACUACACCGCAAGCUUUGAGAUCGACAAGCGCCGCAUUGAGCUCAACAUGUGGGACACUUCAGGUUCCUCUUACUAUGAUAAUGUCCGACCUCUGGCAUAUCCUGAUUCUGACGCUGUGCUCAUCUGCUUUGACAUUAGCCGGCCAGAGACACUGGACAGUGUCCUCAAGAAGUGGCAGGGGGAGACUCAGGAGUUUUGCCCCAAUGCCAAGGUUGUGCUGGUUGGCUGUAAACUGGACAUGCGGACUGACCUGGCCACACUGAGAGAGCUGUCCAAGCAGAGGCUUAUCCCUGUUACACAUGAGCAGGGCACUGUUCUGGCCAAGCAGGUGGGAGCUGUAUCCUACGUUGAGUGCUCCUCCAGGUCCUCUGAGCGCAGCGUCAGGGAUGUCUUCCACGUGGCCACAGUGGCCUCUCUUGGCCGUGGCCAUAGGCAGCUGCGCCGUACUGACUCACGCCGGGGACUGCAGCGAUCUGCUCAGCUGUCAGGACGGCCAGACCGGGGGACCGAGGGCGAGAUACACAAAGAUCGAGCCAAGAGCUGCAACCUCAUGUGAGGGGCUAGGGUGGGGCAGGGUGUGAGGAGAGGUGGUGAGGGGCACAGUUGUCCCACUGCCCUGGCUGGGAGGUCAGGGCAGGCAGAAGCAGCAGUUCUCCAGGACAGGGGAGCUAAGGGGUAGAAGGAUGUCACCAACCAUACCCCUCAUCCUCAUCCCCCACCUCUUCCCUGAAAGCUGUUGGGGCAGGCAUAAACUGCGAUGGGACAGGAGGGGCUAGGGAAGUUGGCAUCAAGCAGUGACCUUGGUUGACUCUCCUCUUAUGGGUACCUUCCCUCCCAACCCUAGUUCCCAUAUCCUGGUCCUGGUUCUUCCCUAAGGAAAGGCCCAUUCUAUGACCUUCUGUUCUUCUCCCGUCUCACUUCCACAGCUGUUCUCACAUAUCCUAACCUCCAAGCAACAUGCACUAAAUUAAAAACCAACCAGUCAUCAACCCAUCAGCCCUAGCUCUCUCCCUCUCUUCCCCCAGCAGCCCCCAAUAAAGCCCAUGACCAUGGAAAACAGCUGUGGCUUUAGUUUUCUUGCUUAAACAAACAAACAAAAACAACCUACCAAUCUCUAACAGCAGGAGGGAAGAUUAGACCUCAGGGAGAAUUUUCCUGUCCACAGGUACAGAAGGAGCAGAGGAAAAGCCAUGGGUUGGGUCAAGUGUUCUUUUAGGAGUCAGAGGUAGGAGAAUGAGAUGUCUUGGGACUGUUCAUCCCAGUUAAUGAGGUGGGCAAUCUCAGGCCUUUGGAGGGAGGGGGUUCAGAGUGGACCGAUGUGCGAUUACUCAGCAUCGCUCAGCCAACUGGGGCCCCUUAGAGUGGGGCCCCCUGCUCACUAUCUCUGCACCUGGCUUGAGACCCGCUGGUACCCUGGGGGUCAAGGGGGUAAGGGCAUCGAAAGCCUCCAUGUCGCAGACGCUGACCUUGUAUAGUAUAGUUUCCCAAGGGGCCAGUAGUUUUAUGCUGGGGUCUCCUCAGGGGCUGGGGCAGGGGCUCUCUCCCUGCUUCCUUCCUGAGCUCCUUG